AGUUAGUGUACACAUACAGCAAUGCAACUUACUGAAUAAUAUCUGCUGAUAUGAAAUAUUUUAUCAAGUAGAUACAGUGGAAUAUAUCGCAGGGUAAUCUUAUCCGGUGUCCAAUCAAUCUGCGUUCCACGGUCACCAUAAUGAGGACGAUUGUGCUACAAUAUGUUAUAUUUCAAUGAUUUACUCUGUUGCAUGUAAGUCAGGGAAUUAAAAACAGAAAAGCGCACAAUAAUCUAUUGAACGAUCCUUUCAAUCAGCAGAACUUUGGGUUUUUUUUGCAACUCAACUUUCUUCACAAGGUUCAAUCAGUAAUCACCAUGUCAUUAUCAUUCAGAAAAAGCACAGUGCGACUACUAGCACUGUCUGGGUUCUAUCUGCUUUACAUUGUUAUCGGAGCAUCUGUUUUUUCAGCAAUAGAAGGACCUAGGGAAAGAGACUUGACUGUAUAUGUUCGUGAUGUGAGGGAAAAAUUUCUGAAAGACCAUAGUAGAUGCCUGACUGAUGAUGACUUGGAAAAGUUUCUGAUUGAAAUCAACAAUGCUGCUCAUAAAGGUGUAUCGUCUACUAGAAAUGUAACAAUGGCAGAACCUAACUGGAGCUUUGGACAGUCAAUUUUUUUCUCUGUUACAGUGCUAACAACUAUAGGUUAUGGAAGAGUUACUCCCUUAUCAGAUGAAGGGAAAGGAUUUAUUAUUGUUUAUACCGUAAUCGGUAUACCUCUGACGUUGAUCUUAUUUAGUGCAAUAGUUGAAAGACUUAUGAUACCAACUAAAGUAUUCUUGUACUUUCUGUUUCGUAAAUUAGGACACCUGUACAAAGUGUUCCAUAUACAACUUUUGCACCUUUUUUUCGUGAUACUUGUGCUACUUGUCUUUAUUUUUCUGAUUCCUGCCGCCAUUUACUCAACUUUGGAGCCCACAUGGAACUACCUUGAUGCUUUCUAUUAUUGUUUUAUUUCCAUGACAACAAUAGGCCUUGGAGACUACAUACCUGGAGACAACCCAGAGCAGAAAUUAAGACCUCUAUAUAAGGUGAUUACCACAUGCUAUUUAGUGAUUGGAUUGUGGGCUAUGAUGCUGUUAAUGAGUGUUUUGUACGAUAUACCUGAACUCAACAUUGGAUUCCAUUUCUAUAUGAAGUCUGACAAGGAUGAGGAUGAAGAGCGAACAGCACUGAAAAGUUCUAUAGAAAAGACUGGUACUAAAUAUACCAAACAUGUGGAUGAAGAGCAACCAACAGGAGUACAGGCUGAAACAAAUGAAAGGAGUACGGAGCAGUAGAAGUUUUGUAGUAAAGUUUAAGAUUGUUGUGUAUUAACUUAAUACAUAGAAUUAAGUUAAGUUAAAAUAGGAGAAUUCUACAAAAAGAUAGUUCAUAUAAUAUGAUUUGUUAAGUCAUUAUUGAUAAGUUUAUAGAUUUUAUUCCAGCAGCCUUGUUUCCCAUAAAUAUAUAUAUAUAUGGUCAAUAUGCGCAAUUCAUUCAGGUAGGUGGUAAUGAUAGCAUUCUCUUCAAUUCCUCUGUCCAUAUGAUCUAUGGUAAACUUGGGUAUGUAUGAUGGCUUGUUUCAAAGCUGAGACAUUUUCACAUAUGUGGUUAAAUUUCUGAGGUUUGAACUCUAAAGUGAGAUUAAAUUUUCAUUUUUUUCAUACCCUAAAUAAAGCCCUUUUUGAUGCAGCUUCUCAAGGUAAAAAAUCCCUACUUUUAAUACAAAAAAUCCUUUUCAGAAAUUCAGUUCUUUGCAUACAUUUUUGAAUAACGCCUUACUUUCACACUUUUAUUCUAUGGUCCUCUGCUCUUGAAAUCAGCAUAAAUGGUUAAGCUCAGUCACUUGUUAAAAAAUUGCAACAUGUCCAAUAUCCCUGCACAGAGAUUUUUUGUUUACACAUUAUAUUUGAGUACCUGAAUUUGAGGAGCAUUAGCUAUAUAGGGAUAUUGAUUCAUAUGUGUAGAUAUGUUGUCUAAUGUUUUAAAACCACAUAUUCCAACAUCAAAGUUAUUUAACAUUUUCUGUAUAUAAAGUUUUUUCUUUUUUUAUUCAGUAAAAAUUGUGUCUUACUCUCAUAGGGAAAAGUUAUGUACUAUUGCAAAUAUUUCAAAACUUUGUAUAUCUUAAUAAGACAAUUAAAGAAAUUCAAAAUUUCUAGUUAAUAUCUCUUUCUGUUCCAUAAAUAUAGACUUUAUAAAAGACAUAGAAUAUAAUGGAGGAAUCUGACUCUGUACCUAGGAAUGUGCCAUGUCAUCUUCAGCAGCUGGUGUUCCAAAUUUUUGCAAUUUAAAAAAAAAAAUAGUAUGUGUGUGAAAAUUUGCACAGAUGUGAACAAAUAGUUUGUGUUUGGAAUAAUAGAAAUGAAUUUGCUAUUUUUAUUGAGAUAUUCACAUAAAAGCAAUUUCAAUGAUGUCAAUGUUUGGUAAUUCACAAAAUGAAAUGUCAAUUCACUAAAUAUGACUUACAUUGGAAAUUUUCCCAACAGAAUUUAAUUUUUCUGACCAAUACUAAUAGAUCCAAAGUAAUCCUAUUGAAAGUUGUACAUGUAUGUCCUUGAGUAUCCCAGAAGUAAGCUUAAAUUAAAAUUAAUCUUCUUUUGGUGAGAUACUUUAAUGAUUCAUUACCAAGUUCAAACAUGCAAUAGAGAAGAUUUAGCAUCUUUGAACGAAAUUUGGGAAUAAUAUUUAUACUGGUAAUUGGAAAAUUUUAUAUGGAUGUAUUAAGAUUUUCUUCAACCAGAUGUUAUUGAUAAAAUCAUCUUUUCCUUGUAUCACAAAUCAUUAGACACUCCUGUAGUAAUCAUGCUGUAUUUUAUAUCAAGAAACAGUACAUUUAUGUAGCUUCUGUUAGCAUGGUAAGUAUUUACUUUUAUUUAAGAAGAGACGAUACUGUAAAUUUCGAUAUAUAUAUAAUAUUCGUCCAUUUUUUCUUUAUGCAUUUAUAUUUGUGUAUCUUUAUCAUGUCAAUUUAUUUACAAAAUGUAUAGACUUAGCAUAAUUAUGUAUACAUAAUGCUAAUGCUGGUGCUUUUUUUUAUUUCAGUUGUGCAAUGAUAUUAUGUUUACUUCUUGCCUUAUCAUAAUGUUUUGAGAAACUCGCUUUCAUUCUUUUCAUUUUGUUAAUUUUUAUUUAUUUAUUUAAUCAUGUUUGAUAUGCAGAAUCAAAAAUUUACCUCUUCACAAGGAAAAGAAUAUUUUGCUUAAACCCAAACAAAUUUUAUGCAAACUUUUACCAGCCAUGAUAACUUUAUGUAAAAAUGUUUUCAUUACAGAAUGAGAGAGGGUUGCAUUACUUAUAAACACUAAUUUUAUGUUUAAGUUUAAAGGUUAGUGAUGUUAUUUUGUGAUUUUAAAUUAUAAACAAAUUCCAUACACAUACAGGUUGUGAAAUAUAUAUAUGUAUCUCCUCAGUCAUCUUCUGUGACUUUUGAUUUUAAUGAAAUAAGAUUUUUAAGAUUAUAUAAAAUAUGAAUUAUUUCUGAUAGACCAAGCCAUAUUUUUAUUUGUUUUGAGUACCAUUCAUAUUUUUUCCCUGUGAGUUCAGAAUUACAGUUUUAUACUUAAAAUAUGUUUUUUAAAAUUUUCAAAACAGGUCAGAUUAGAUUUUUUUUUAAAAAUCUGAUUUGUAGAUUUACAUAAAUGUAAGAAACCUUGUCUCUAGACAUCAGGUUUUGCUUGUUUUCUGAAUUUUUGCUCUUUUCGUACUUUUGUAUUUUCAGUUAUAUAGAUAUAUAUAUAAUGUAUAUGAAUCAAAGGCCAGUGAUAACACAUCUCUCUCUUUUACUUGCCACAACUCCAACAUGCAUUGUAAAUGAUUGUCUUUAAUCAUCAACCUCCUUUAUAAAAGGUAAUUGUACCACAUCUCCUUAUUUUUAUAUAGUUUCACAGUUUACACAAUAUAGCUAUUAACCAAUAAUUCAAGCUAUUUCUGGCAUGAUUUAUGAAGUGUUUAAAAUCACUGUCACAGGAUCUAAAUCAAAAAUCAUUUUAAAAUGUGAUAUUUUUUCUUUGCAUUUAUUUAUACUCUUAUUUUUUUAGCUCACUUGGACUAAAAGGUCAUAUGAGCUUUUUUCAUCACUUGGCUUCCUUUGUCAGUUAACUUUGAAAUAAAUCUUCUCUGAAACUACUGUGGAGUUAAAUGAAUGAGGAAUCCAAUCAUGUAUUAAUUAAAAAAAGUUUUCCUCAGCUGUACUUUAUAUAUAUAGCUUCUUUAGUAAACAUUAUUAACUGCAACCACUAGAAUCAUGAGAAUUAGAGCAUGUAUAAUAAAAAGUUUCAUUUACCUCUAUUGUAUAGCUUUACUAUUUCUAUGAUGAUUUGAUGAUGCUGCAAUACUUGACAUUUUAAUUUAUUUAUAAAGUUUAGAUUAAAAUGUUCAUCAUAAUAAUUUAUAUUAUUUAAAAGUAAAUGUGUCAAAAUUUUUCCUUGUUUUAAGUAGCAUAGUUGUGUCUUUAUUCAUAAGGUAUUAUAGAACAAAUUUACUGAGUAUUUUUUUCUAUGUGAAAAUAUUUGAACAAAUGACUGAUCAUUUGAAUUCCUUGCUUGUCUGUGAUGUGUAUCCACAUAAUGAACUAUUUUUGUGUGUGAUGUAAAUCCAUUGUUUUAAACUUAUGUUGUAUACAUUUAUAUACAAUCUUAUUUAUUGUUAUACAAAAAAUAUUUGUGUAUUUUUUUUCUUUGUUAUUUAUUGUCUUUAUUAAGAUUAUUGUCUUGUUUACUAUUUCAUAUGCGAUAUAUUUGAAAUAACUGACUACCUAAUUGAGAAGUUUAUGGUAUGAAAACUGUAAAAGACAUCCAAGGAUAGUUUAUGACAUAGAUAUUUAUCAUUUAAAUUUUUUUUUAAAUGGGCAAAAAACUCAAGAUGGUUUGCAUUACUUGAUAAAUAAAAAAGGCUUUGUGUUGAAAUUGGUAGGUGGAAUUCAUUUAAUACACAAAAAUUGCCAUUUUCUCCUGCCUGUCCACUUGACAUUUGCCAUACUAAAACCCAAAUUAAUCAUAGUUCAACCUGCAAAAAAACAGCAACAAAUUAUGCCUUAGUAUUUUAAUCAUUUGAUCUAAAUCAAUUAAAAAAUAGUGAUUAGGCUACCAAUUUGUUUUACCUGUGGUAUUUGUCCAAUGCAUUAAUGUAAGCCACAGGACCACUGAAGAAGGGUAGGGUAUUAACUUUAUAUAUAAUAAAAGACAAACAGAAAAGUACUGUACUACUGAAAGUGUGAUAUGAGAAGUACUUUUUAAUGUUAAUAACUGAAAAUGCAAAUCAUAAUAAAUAACUGAAAAUACAAACAAUAAAUACAAUAAGCUUUAGGGCAGUUAUUGACUUAUUUUAAAGUGGAAACCAAUCUACCAGAUUAUAAUAUGACUCUAUUCAAAACAAGUAUUUGAUUCUCAUGGUGUAAGUCAAAACAUCCGUGGGAGGGUAUCUAACUAAUCUGAUUUUAUCUGGAAUUUUGGCUCAGGAUGUCCCAAUACAGAACCAAACAUUUGACUAACAAAAGGGAGGGAGCUUUUGACUCAUUCUAUUUUAAUCAGUUAUGGAUAUUUUCUAUGGUAUAAAACUACACUGAUACAUUUGUUUUGAGAUGACAAAAUAUUGAACAUUUAUUUAUUUUCUUUAACAUGUUGUGACUCAUUAAUUGUUAUACAGAUGUUUGUACUGCUGUUAGAUCAAUAAAGCAAAUUUAAAGUUG